AUGGAAGCGGUAGUGGUGGACGCCGGAUCGAAGCUCCUCAAGGCCGGGUUUGCCAUUCCUGAUCAAGACCCCGCCCUGGUGUGUACGAUUUAGGGAUUCUCGUGGUUUAAGAUCGGCAUAUUUCAUUUAUGCUUGGUUUCAUUGAUCUGGUUCGCGAAUUGCUCGGCAUUUUUGUCGACAGUAAGAGUUCUUUUAAUGUUGUGUGUUUUUUUUUCUUCCAUUUUUGUGGUCAUUGAAGAUACUCCCGACGAAGAUGAAAAGAGUUCCGGAGGAUGGGGACAUGGUGGACAGCACUAUGUUUGAGGAAGCCAACAUCGAUCCAGUGACGAGGGGUUUCAUCAGGGAUUGGGAAGCCAUGGAAGACUUGCUUCAUCACGUUCUGUACGCUGGCCUGGGGUGGGAGGAAGGGAACGAAGGACAGAUACUGUUCACCGAACCGCUCUGCACCCCCAAGGUCAAGUGCAGACAGCCUUGCGGCGUCUUCCCCCAUCGUCAAACUGCGAAACUUAUUUUUCUCUUCUACUGUUGCUACGCUAACUAUUGCCUGUGGAAGAUAUAUGAGGCUAACAUUUUAUCUUGCUUCUCUUUUGUUUUUAGACUGAUAAUCAUUUCUCUUAGUUACUCAAAGCUUCACCGGUAGCAUGACAUAAACACUAUGGAAUUCCAGUGCCCACGUUUUUCUUUUUUACAUGCGACAGAUUUCUCUGCUUCCGUAAUCUAUUUAACUCCUCCGACAAUGCUCCCCUUAAAUGACGAAUAAACUGGGUUAAGAUGGAUCAUAAUACCAGCUGCAGUUCUUUCUAUCUCUCUAUUCUUUUAUCAUUGGUUCCUUUUUUUGAAAUGUAUAAUAGCACGUACCAUUGAUAAGCAAACAAAUUCUUGAAGAAUAUGGAACAAGGUCUGCUGCUUACCCAAAUAUUGAUAAGGGAAGAAAAAGCAUUAUGUGUACAAUUAAAUCAUCGUUGAAGCAGAGCCCUCAGCUUGUUAUGAAUCAUGUGACAAACAUUCAGAAUCUAGCAAUUUUUUGCACUUAAACGCCCGAUUUUUUCAGAAAUUAUUUUAUGCGAAUAGUCCGGUUCUACUUGGUAUCAUCAUUUCUCGUUUAUAUCUUUCAAAUUCAAUUUAGUAUCAACACGAGGCAAUCAAAAAAUAUUUUCUAAGUAGUUCGCUUAGGGCUUGGGUUCCCUCAGCUUUUAUUAGUAUAUCGUAUAUUUGAUGAUGCUCGGCCAUGUCCUUAGGUUAGAAUCGGCAUAGUACCCUGUGCCUUAAGGGGAGUUUUCCAGAGUAUCAUCACAACAUAGGUUGCAGAGUAGUUUUAUUCUAGCUGUAUUUGACCCUUGACUCUUCCGCAAGAGGCAAUUUUGGUUUACUUAGGUGUUCUACACUAAUAUUAUGAAUGUGUCAAGUCAUUCAUCCUGGUAUUGUAUUUCUAUCUGCUGUUUCCGCAUGUGUGUUCUAUUUCUGUAAAUGCACAUAUCGUUUGAGUACCCUUGGCUCCUGAAAAAAGUUUCUGUAGUGGAAUUGACACUUUUUUCUCUGUCCAGGUUUAUAUCCUCCAACCAUAUGGUGCUUCAGUGCUUGCUUCCAUCAUGUUUUGACAGACUGCAAUUGUUGACGGCAUAAAUAGCCAAGUUCAUAUUAACUUAUAAUUUCUUACUAUAGAGAGAGUCAAUCUCAUUUGUGCAAUAUAAUUAUAUAGUGAUUUAUUGACAUUAUUUUUUUCUUUAAAUGCAGGCUCUAAGGGAACAAUUAGUGCAGUUGAUGUUUGAAAAUUUUAAUGUAUCAGGUUUCUACGCAUCAGAACAAGCAGUACUAUCACUUUAUGCAGUGGGGCGCAUAUCAGGGUGUACUGUUGACAUUGGACACGGGAAAAUAGGUAUGACGAUUUCACGUGAUAGUUUAUGUGCAAUUAUAAACUUAUCAUGUUGAUCUGAUAUUGAUGAAAUUGAUUUUCAGUGGUGGGAAAAGUAUGAUAUUUGAUAUUGUAUAAUAACGCUAUUCACUUUGAAAUCCGGUGACAGAGUCACAAUCUCUCCGUCUAGGUAACUCUACAUGAUGAAUAAAAUCAGUUUGUUAAAAAAAAUCGAGAACUCAAUUAAAUACUUAUUUCUUGGGCAUCCUGCCGAGCUGUAGUUAUAUUUUUAUAUUAAAAUGAAAGAUUUAAUUGGUCUUUUGAGGGCAACGUCUACCUUUCUCCUUGGUGGUUCCCUACCUGAUGAAAACUAUGUAAAGAUCGGUCCUUUUGACUGUUGACCUCGUAGAUAUUUUUAUUGCACAUGAAUUUUAUAAUUUUUGCAUGAGUUAUAGAUUUCAGAGGCAUUCAUCAUUGUAACAUUAGGCAUUAGGGUCUUUAUUAUUUUUUUAUGUCCGUGUAAUUCGAUAUUUUAUGAUCAGCUCCCUUUCAGAUUCAUUGGUGAGUCGGGUUAAAAAAUAUGUUGAUGAGAAAAUUUAUAGUUUACAGCACAUUCUGUCCAUACGUUGGCUGAUUUGCUUCAUCUUCCUUUCUUUACUUUCACAUUUUUUAUAUCAUAAAUUAAACAUCUAGAGCUUACAGCAUAUUCUAUCCUUCAUAUAUAUAUAUGUGUGUGUGUGUGUGUGUGUGUGUGCUUUUUAAUAUCAAUUUCUUUUACAUUUUGUCACUUCCCUGUCUCCCACGCUUCCUACCAUUAGCGCUAAUACAAAAACCGUGGGUGAUCAAAUCAACAAGCAACUCACCUCCUCUCCUGAAAACUAGUCUUCAUUGGAUCUCAGCAUCCGGCACACUUACUCCUGUUUGCAGGUGGAAUCAGACUUACCAGCUUCUUUGGAUUUCUCGAACUUAAUUUCUUAUAUUAGCUUAAACUCUCAAUUGCGUUCAUUUGACGUUUUUUUUUUUCUUACAUUUAUUGUUUACCUUUAGAUCCCUCUUGAGACAUUUAAGUAUAUUUUACAUCUGCUGUGAAUUGAGGAGCACAAAUACUAAUAGCUUACAUCACCCGUACACAACCAGAUAUCGCACCCGUCCUCGAAGGUGCUGUUCAACACAUAGCCUCAAAAAGAUUUGAGAUUGGAGGUAUUGAUUUGACGAAGUUACUUGCUCAGGAACUCCACAAGUCCAACCCACUGGUUAAGAUCGACAUCUCCGAGGUUGAGAAAUUGAAAGAACAGUACGCCAUAUGUGCAGAAGAUUCAGUUGCUUAUGAAGAAGCACAGAAAUCUUCUCAGGCGGAGAGGCACACUCUUCCCGACGGUCAGGUCUGUGGCUACUCCCCGACGUGACCCUCUGUUAAUUUAGUUGGUUCUCUCUCCUGUGGAGGGCUUGACUCUGACGCAUGAAAGCUUUAGUCUGGAUUCCAUGGCAGUGUUGACCUCUUCUUCUGAUUAGCUUCUCUGCUGUUUUGUGGCCACUGAGAUUUGCCUCAGAUGCAUUUUGAAAAAUGUUUCUAUGGUUUUAAGUCGUACUUUGUAGCACAUCCCCCGUCCAUAUUACUACUAUUUAUGGGUGUUCCCCCCUCUCUGGUAAUAUUUUUCGCAUCCUGAAUUUUUGGUCAGGUUGAUUACUGGUGACAAUGAAGAAGAGGCCCUGCUUCUAGCAUGUUCGGUGCAGGGAACUUCUCACCUGACACCACCAGAGUUUUGGGUAAUUAAAUUAAAAAUAUCAACGAAUAAAAACUUCCUUUAAGUGGAAUUACUCAGCAUUACCAAUUACUAAUAGGCACUUGCAUAUAACUAGGAAGUUACCCAGAUGUUGUAGCCAUGAUAUUGUUCAUCUUAGUUUUUUUUUUUUUUUUUUUUUUAAAUGGAUGAUACCUGGCCGUUCAAUCUUCAUUCUUAGAUACUCAAACUGUGGGAAAAAUCUGUCUUCAUGUGCGAUUAUUAUCGAAGAACUAGUGUUUUCUUUGUUUCAAUUCUCCAUAGUUUCUAUCUGUUUGCACAUCAAUCAUCAGAUGGAUGAUACCCUGGGACCUAUGCACUUUUCAAGCUCACUCAAGAACAGAUCCCCACUUGGUCAGGCAUAACUUUGCGUGUCUUUCUCAUAUAAAUCGCCUUUUUUUGCAUGAAUCACGCGAGACAUUAAUCGAUUCAUUGAAAUAAUUCUCCGUAGAACAUGUAUACUUGUGUCUGAGCUUCAUUAUUUCACACAAACCGCGUAGUAUGUCAAUCAAUUUCGUUCCAAUAACUUUUAAUAGAACAUAAAUACUCGCAUUUUUUUCCUUUUUUUAGAAACUAAUGCUCGAUUCCAAGCAUCGUCUCAGGUGAUAACCAUCCAAAGAGAACGAUCCCUCAUUGGGGAAGCAUUAUUUAGACCUUCUAUUCUUGGUCUAGAAGAAUAUGGAGUCGUUGAGCAGAUGGUCUGCAGCAUCUCUACCGUCUCAUCUGAGAACCACCGGCAGCUCCUGGAGAACAUUGUGCUCUGCGGUGGCACCGCAUCCAUGACUGGUCUCUGUUCUCUUGAGCCCACAUGAUUUUCUUCUAUUUUUUACUCUUUCAAUUUUUAUUUUUAAUUUUAUUUUCUUGGGAGCCAGGGUCAGUGCUGCGUCAUCCAUCUGGGGUUGACUUGGGCUGUAUGACCGCAUGGUUUACCAUUUUUGGCCGAUGGGUUUGACCAGUUUGACCUCCCGCAUCGACUGAAUGCAGGCUUUGAAGAACGCUUCCAGAGAGAAGCCGUCCUCUGUUCGUCGUCGAUCCGUCCUUGCCUCGUGAAGGUAAUUUUUUCUGUGGAAAGAUUGAGAAUUUCUCUGAUUCGAUGAUCCAUCCGAGUAGUGAUCUUUUGUAAUAUCUCACCAAGAUCUUGCGUGGUUGACCAAUGGAUGGGAUCCUGCGCAGCCUCCGGAGUACAUGCCGGAGAACCUCUCGAGGAACUCGGCAUGGAUGGGGGGCGCCAUACUGGCGAAGGUCGUCUUCCCCCAAAACCAGCACAUCACCAAGGGGGAGUACGACGAGACCGGCCCCGCCAUCGUUCACCGGAAAUGUUUCUGA